CCCAGCUGAAGUGUCUCACUUUGCUUGAAUUCUUUACUCUGGAUCUGUAAUAUUCAAAAUGCACAUUUCAUUCUUCCAACUUUGUAUACUUCUGGGAAUUAUAUACACCGCCCCAAUAUCCGCACACCCAAAACUACCCUUCCCGCAAAACUUCCACCUCGCCAUCUCCGCUUCUCACCAAAGCCAAAACCAACACCCUUUCCUCAUCCUGCCUCCCACACCACCCCACCCAACACAACCAUGCCACAACUCAUCCCCCAUCCACGGAAUAAUCCACAUGCGCUCUCCCCUCCACCACCACGUCCCGCUCUCCUUCACCGUCAACACUUCCACCUGCGCACCGCGUCAUCCAGCCUCGCAAAACAUGCUCAAGAACCUCUCCUCCAAGAUACUAACCGAGCAUCCAGUUGGGAUAACAUUCUCCGACCCGUCUAAGCCGCUCCAACUAUCUUCAUCCACAAAACACAGGAUCGCUUCCCAGCGGAAAUUCACCGUUGCGCUUGGUUUGAGUCUGAUAAUAGUGCCAGAGGAAGGAGAAAAGGGGGAGGACCACCAAGAUGUUGAAGGGAUAGCGGCAGGUGAACUAGGAUUCCUGUUCAGGUUGUUCGAGAGGGCGAUAGAAGACUUGGAUGUUGCGUUGCGAGAUAGGGGGGCUGGGUUAGGGAGUGUGGUGUUAGAAGGAGGGGUAGAGGGUGUGGAGAUGAGGUGCGAGUUCGGGAUGAGUUGCGAGGACUAAAUCGAGAGGACGGGAAGGGGAUGUUGAGAGAUAUCCUGUUCCCUCAUAUCACAAAGAUAUCCCAAUGUAGAAGAGAAAGAGUGAUAUGUACAAACCGAUGGCCGGUGGAAAUUGGGGGGUGAUU